UCCAAUAAUGUCGUCUGAUCCUAGCAGCACCGCUUCUUCUUCAUCUUCUUCUCCACGCCUCACCACCGGCGUCGUCAAUUUCUUGACCCGUCGCGCCAUGACCACGCUCCAACGAGCAGCAGCAUGCCACCAGCUCCCGAGCGCUCAACUCCACUCGCCGGGCUCCUCCACCAGCUCGGCCGACUCCGCGCCGUGGCACCGUGCCCCGGCCACUCCGCCUCUGCUCCCGUUCGACACCAACGACGCCGACGAGAUGCUCCUGCUCGACUUGCUCUCCCACUCCCAGAACGCCCCCGUGCAAGCCCCCAAGACGGAGACACCAAUGAAACAAGAGGCAGCCGAGGGGCACAACGGCGGCUGUGGGCGUGCGUUCCGCGGGGUGCGGAAGCGGCCGUGGGGCAAGUUCGCGGCGGAGAUCCGUGACUCGACGCGGAACGGCGUCCGGGUGUGGCUGGGCACCUUCGACAGCCCGGAGGCGGCGGCGCUGGCGUACGACCAGGCCGCCUUCGCGAUGCGUGGUGGCGCCGCCGUGCUCAACUUCCCCGCGGACCAUGUCCGGCGGUCGCUGGACGGCGCCGGCGACGACGUGUGCGGCCGCGCCGACGGGGUGUCGCCCGUUCUGGCGCUCAAGCGACGACAUUCUAUGCAUCGGAGGCGGCCGCUUGCGGCGAACCGGAAGCCAAUGGUCGCCCGGCGGCCGGAGUGCGUGAUGGAGCUGGAGGACCUCGGCGCAGAAUACCUCGAGGAGCUGCUCGGCGCCUCCCAGGACGACAUAACCUCCGCCGCCUCCAUUUCAUGGUGCUGGAGCCACCACUCCGCCUGACUUUGCAGUGAGCUUGAUCGACAAGAAUAGUGUUGGUGAGAGUUGUUGAAGAUGAUGGACCGGUUUCUUUCUUUUCUUCCCUGUAUGUGUGAUAGCCCCGAUUGUGUGUUGGACAAUUCAGCUAGACGUUUCUUUAGGAUCCA